CAGGUACAAAAGGCUGGUUGACAACAUCUUCCCGGAGGAUCCCGAGGAUGGCCUGGUGAAGACCAACAUGGAGAAGCUGACCUUCUACGCCCUCUCAGCUCCAGAGAAGCUGGACCGAAUUGGCGCCUACCUCUCUGAGAGGCUCAUACGUGAUGUGGGUCGUCAUCGAUAUGGGUACGUGUGCAUUGCCAUGGAGGCCCUGGACCAGUUGCUCAUGGCCUGCCAUUGCCAGAGCAUCAACCUCUUCGUGGAGAGUUUCCUCAAGAUGGUGGCCAAGCUGCUGGAGUCGGAGAAGCCCAACCUGCAGAUCCUUGGCACCAACUCGUUUGUGAAGUUUGCCAACAUCGAAGAGGACACCCCAUCUUAUCACCGGAGCUACGACUUCUUUGUGUCCCGCUUCAGUGAAAUGUGCCACUCCAGCCACGAUGACAUGGAAAUCAAGACCAAAAUCAGAAUGUCAGGCAUCAAAGGUCUGCAAGGGGUGGUGAGGAAGACAGUGAACGAUGAAUUGCAAGCCAAUAUCUGGGACCCACAGCACAUGGACAAAAUUGUCCCGUCGCUGCUUUUCAAUCUGCAGCACAUAGAGGAGGCAGAGAGCCGCUCUCCCUCGCCCCUCCAAGCACCAGAGAAGGAGAAAGAGAACCCAGCAGAGCUGGCCGAGAGGUGCCUUCGGGAACUGCUGGGCCGGGCCGCCUUCGGCAACAUCAAAAAUGCCAUCAAGCCUGUUCUCAUCCACCUGGAUAACCAUUCUCUUUGGGAACCCAAGGUGUUCGCCAUCCGUUGCUUUAAAAUCAUCAUGUACUCAAUUCAGCCGCAGCACUCCCACCUGGUUAUCCAGCAGCUCCUGAGCCACCUGGAUGCCAACAGCCGCAGCGCGGCCACGGUGCGCGCGGGCAUCGUGGAGGUCCUGUCGGAAGCUGCGGUCAUUGCCGCCACCGGCUCUGUCGGGCCCACGGUGCUGGAGAUGUUCAACACUCUGCUGAGGCAGCUGCGGCUCAGCAUCGACUACGCCCUGACCGGGAGCUACAACGGGGCGAUCAGCCUGGGCACCAAGAUCAUCAAGGAGCACGAAGAGCGCAUGUUCCAGGAGGCUGUCAUCAAGACCAUAGGCUCCUUUGCCAGCACGUUGCCCACUUAUCAGCGCUCCGAGGUGAUCCUCUUCAUCAUGAGCAAGGUCCCACUGCCUUCCCUGCAUCAUCCCAUGGAGACAGGCAAGACAGGAGAGAACAGGAACCGGCUGACCCAGAUUAUGCUGCUGAAAUCCCUCCUUCAGGUAUCCACAGGUUUCCAGUGCAACAACAUGAUGUCAGCCCUGCCCAGCAACUUCCUGGACCGCCUUCUCUCCACCGCUCUCAUGGAGGAUGCAGAGAUCCGCCUCUUCGUUCUAGAGAUUCUCAUCAGUUUCAUUGAUCGUCAUGGCAACCGCCACAAGUUCUCUACCAUCAGUACCCUCAGUGACAUCUCUGUCCUGAAGCUGAAAGUGGACAAGUGCUCCCGACAGGACACCGUCUUCAUGAAGAAGCACUCCCAGCAGCUCUACAGACACAUCUACCUGAGCUGUAAGGAGGAGACGAACAUCCAGAGGCACUAUGAGGCGCUCUACAGCUUGCUGGCUCUCGUCAGCAUUGAGCUGGCCAAUGAGGAGGUGGUGGUGGACCUCAUCCGCCUGGUGCUGGCCGUUCAGGACGUGGCCCAGGUCAAUGAAGAGAACCUGCCUGUGUACAACCGCUGUGCCCUCUACGCUCUGGGCGCGGCCUACCUGAACCUCAUCAGCCAGCUCACAGCAGUCCCUGCCUUCUGCCAGCACACCCAUGAGGUGAUAGAGACCAGGAAGAAGGAGGCUCCAUACAUGCUCCCUGAGGAUGUGUUUGUGGAGAGGCCCAGGUUGUCCCAGAAUCUUGACGGAGUAGUGAUUGAGUUCCUCUUCCGCCAGAGCAAGAUCAGCGAAGUCCUGGGGGGCAGCGGCUACAAUUCCGACAGGCUCUGCCUGCCCUACAUCCCUCAGCUGACAGAUGAGGAUCGCUUAUCCAAGAGGAAGAGUAUUGGAGAAACCAUUUCCCUGCAGGUGGAGGUAGAAUCUAGGAACAGCCCAGAGAAGGAGGAGCGAGUGCCUGCCGAGGAGAUCACCUAUGAGACGCUAAAGAAGGCCAUCGUGGACAGCGUGGCAGUCGAGGAGCAGGAACGUGAACGGCGGCGACAGGUGGUGGAGAAGUUCCAGAAGGCACCCUUUGAGGAGAUCGCAGCACACUGUGGGGCCCGGGCAUCACUGCUACAGAGCAAACUCAAUCAGAUCUUCGAAAUCACCAUCCGGCCCCCUCCGAGCCCAUCAGGCACCAUCACCGCAGCCUAUGGCCAGCCUCAGAACCACUCCAUCCCCGUCUACGAGAUGAAGUUUCCCGAUCUGUGCGUAUACUGAAUUCCAGAAGACGGAGCG